UCCCUUCAAUUUCCCCACCUAUUAAAAGUUGCAACAGCAGCAAUAAUAGUAAUAAUACUACUACAAGAUAUAGAAUAGCACAAAACAAGCCAAAAUCAUGUCUAGCAGAAGGUCAAGAGGUUCUGGAUCCACAGAAGAUGAGAUCAAUAAUCUCAUCUUAAAGCUACAAGCUUUGUUGCCACAUUCUGGUUCAAAGAACAGAAGGGUGCCGGCAUCAAAAGUACUGCAAGAGACAUGCAACCACAUCAGAAGACUGACUAGAGAUGCUGAUGAUCUGAGUGAAAGGCUCUCUCAACUACUGGCUUCCAAUGACAUCAAUUCUCUUGAUAUAGAAAGUAUCAAAAGUAUUCUUGGGCAAUAAAGAAGCUGGCUGCCCCUUCCCUUGUCCCUCUGGCCUUUCUUUUGUCUGUUGAUUAUGUAGCAAACUAGCAAUAGUGGCAGAUAAAGACAUACUGCAUCCUUCUCUUUUUCAGCCUUUCUACUCUGCCUUCCCAUUGGUCAGAUAUCAAGAAGAUUGUGCUUUUUUUUUCA